AUGUCAACCGCCAACAAUCAGAAAAGAGAGAAUUGCAAAGGAAAUCCCCAAAAUCCUACUGAAAUACCGUCAACGCCUCUCCAAUUGACUCAAAAGGAUUUGAUGAGAGAAAUGGCUCUAGAGACACAACCGACAACGAGAAAACCGCCAAUAUCACCGAAAACUUUGAAACCGCCAUUGUCACCGAAAAGUGUCCUCCAGUCAAAAGUUUCCCAAAAAAUCUUCCGAGAUGAUCGAGGAAGGGAAAUUUCAAAAGCCCCGUUAGUGAGAGCUCGCUCAGCCGUUUUACAUCGUUCUUUAUCGAGAUCUCACUCUGUAACUUUCAUCGUUCAAACGGCUCCUCGAUUAGACGGAUUGCCAGAAGAGACGAUUGUCAGAAUUGCGCAAAAUCUUUCUCCGUCCGAUCUCCGCUCUCUUUCCCAAACAAGUCGAUCGAUUCGGGAACAAAUCUUGAAAAAUCGACGACGUUGUGGAUUGACGGAAAUUCAUGAAAUUCAUUUCACUUAUCAAUGGGAUUUUGAUGCACAGCACUUUUUAGCACUACCCUUACCGCCCUACGAGACGUGGAACGACGUGUUGCUCGACUCAAAGAAGAUGAUGGUGAAAGACACAUGGAAAACGAUGACCCCAUUGACGAGGACGAAAAUUCUCGCAGCGACGAGGAGUCGCCGGAUGAGCAUUCGGGCUGCUGACGAG